CCAAGGCGCUGUCUCCGCCCUCCAGAAUCUGGGUGCCCUGGUAGAUACCCGUUCGAGAGCGCGUCCCCACACCCGGCGGCCGCGGAGGUCUCGGAGAACGAAAUCUGGCGGCGGGGAGAGAAUCCCGCCUGUAGGAAGGAGGAGGGCCCGGCCGCCCCGCCCCCCCUCCGCCGGAUUUCGUCCGCCGGGAGCCGCCCGGCGCCCGCCCCCAACUCGCCCAGCCGCGCUGAGUGUCUGGGAACCUGGAGAAGGAACCGACCCGCCGAGAUGGAGGCGGCCAGCACCGGGACGCUGCUGCUGCUGCUGGUGCUGCUGAUCUUGGUGCUGACGCUGGUGCUGCCACGGACCCCGGGCCACCUGCCCCCGGGGCCCGCGCCGCUGCCGCUGCUGGGGAACCUCCUGCAGCUCCGGCCCGGGGCGCUGUACUUGGGGCUUUUGCGGCUGAGUAAGAAGUACGGACCAGUGUUCACCGUGUACCUGGGUCCCUGGCGGCGUGUGGUGGUCCUUGUUGGGCACAAGGCCGUCCAGGAGGCCCUGGGAGGUCAGGCCGAGGAGUUCAGCGGGCGCGGGACGCUGGCGAUGCUGGACGGGACUUUCGACGGCCAUGGGGUUUUCUUCUCCAAUGGCGAGCGAUGGAGAGAGCUGAGGAGAUUCACCACGCUGGCGCUGCGGGACCUGGGCAUGGGGAAGCCGGAAGGCGAGCAGCUGAUCCAGGCCGAGGCCCGGUGCCUGGUGGAGGCAUUCCAGGGGACAGAAGGAGAGCCGUUUGACCCCUCCCUGCUGCUGGCCCAGGCCACCUCCAACAUCAUCUGCUCCCUCACCUUCGGCCUCCGCUUCCCCUAUGAGGAUGAGGAGUUCCAGACUGUGGUCCGGGCAGCUGGUGGCACCAUACUAGGGGUCAGCUCCCCGUGGGGCCAGACCUACGAGAUGUUCUCCCGACUCCUGCAGCACCUGCCGGGUCCCCACACACGGCUCCUCAGUCACUUGAGCAUCCUGGCCACCUUCGCCAUCCAGCAGGUGCAGCGACGCAAGGGGAGCCUGGACACUGCAGGGCCCGCAGGCGACGUUGUGGAGGCCUUCCUGCUAAAGAUGGCAAAGGAGGAGCAAAACCCAAACACAGAAUGGACUGACAAGAACUUGUUAAUGACAGUCAUUUAUCUGCUGUUCGCCGGGACUGUCACGGUCAGCACCACCAUCCGCUACACCCUCUUGCUUCUACUGAAAUACCCUCGGGUCCAAGAACGUGUUCGGGAGGAGCUGACCCGGGAGCUGGGGGCCGGCCGGGCGCCAGGCCUGGGGGACCGAGCCCGCCUCCCCUACACAGAUGCGGUUUUGCACGAGGCGCAGCGGCUGCUGGCUCUGGUGCCCAUGGGAAUACCCCACGCCCUCACCAGGACCACCUGCUUCCGAGGGUACACCCUUCCCCAGGGCACCGAGGUCUUCCCCCUCCUCGGCUCUGUCCUGCAUGAUCCUGAGGUCUUCGAAAAGCCAGAGGAAUUCAAUCCAGACCGAUUCCUAGAUGCAGACGGGCGGUUCCAGAAGCAAGAGGCAUUCUUGCCCUUCUCCUUAGGGAAGCGUCUCUGCCUCGGAGAGGGCCUGGCUCGGGCAGAACUCUUCCUCCUCUUCACCGCCAUCCUGCAGGCCUUCUCCCUGGAGAGCCCGCGCCCGCCAGGGGCCCUGAGCCUCCAGCCAGCCGUCAGCGGCCUUUUCAACAUCCCCCCAGCCUUCCAGCUGCAAGUCCGGCCCCAGUGACCUCCACCCAUCCUGGGGACCGGAUGACGGAGCCGUGGGAGGUGGUGGCCUCUUCGUGGGGGUGGGCGUGAACGCGCUUGUGUCUCCAGAGCCACGGGUCCACACCGCAUGCAGCCACAUCCACACCCCUGGACCUGUUUCCUAGAGCCGACCACACAGAUACUCAGCCUCCACAUCCACGCUCACUCAGCCCACGCAGCUGCUGAGAUGCACAACCACACGCUUUAGGCAGGUUUUCUGUGGUCCCAGAUUUAGUUCAUCUGGAAUCACCACUGAGUGCCCAGGUAUCUCUGUGCCCAGCACAGCUCGCCUUGAUGCACAACCCACAUGCGGGAGCUUGGCUCCUACCUUCACAAGCCAGGGACACAGCCACUGUGUUCAGGGCCCACGAGCCGUCUUUGCCCGUCUAACUUACCAGGGCUGCCGAUUCUGGAAGCCUGGUGCAGAGGAGAACAUGCCCCUUCCUGGGUCUUGUCCUCACACAGAGAGACCGUCCCUGUCUUCAGCCCCAGCAUGCCCUCUUUUUUGAAGCCACGCUACAAUCCAGGCACAUGACCAUUGCCGGCCGCAUACCCUGACCACUGAACCACACAGCCAGCCCACACGUGACGCCAUCCCAUUUCUACGGAUCUUGCCAUAGAGACACACCAUUUCUAGGGGGCACCGCGCUGGCGUCCUCCAGGCCUUCAGCCCUCACGGACACCCCUUUCCAAGCACCUUGAUUCUCAAAUGCUCCCAAAUACAAAUAUACCCCUGGUGUGCAAUUGUGCACACAGGCCUGGGACCCAAGUAAACUUGGACACACAGGACCCCCGAUCAGAGAAGACCCCCACCCUCUUGUUUAUAUAACCAUGUGAAAAGCCUCUCCUGCCGGUCUCCCCACACAUACACACUGACCCACCUCGCCUCCCCACGUCCCAUUUGGACCCGGUGAAAGGGGCUAGAUGACCCAGCCCGGGCCAGAUUCCAACUCCCCGGUGUCAGGGAAGAGGCCAGUUCUGACGUCCUUGUGACUUGAAGGUCCCCAUUUUGCAAUAAAAGUUGAUGUCUGGCCCAUGUCAGGGCCUGGUGUGCCUGUGA